ACAGGCGGCCAGCUGAGUGUCACUUACAAACUUGAGUGGACCUCUGGAGGAGGAACACUUCUUCACCUUCUCAGAGUCGAGAGAGCGAAAGAGAAGAGAAGAAGAAGAAGAAGAAGGAGGAGGAGGAGAAGAAGAAGAAGAAGGAGGCAAAGAUCAACGCUGCAGCUGUCUCGGGACAUUGAGUGAAAGGACGUUUAUCACACGCCGGCCGCCGACAUGAGCAGCAGCAAGAAGAUGGAGGAUGAGGCCGUGCUGGACCGGGGGGCGUCCUUAGUCAAGCACAUGUGCGAUCAAGAGGAGGUCGAAGGCCAUCACACCGUUUACAUCGGCGUGAGGGUGCCCAAGAGCUAUCGGCGUCGGAGGCGUCACCGCCGGCGGCCCGCCAGUGGCCAGAGGGACAGGAAGGCGGAGAGCACGUCUGACAAGUCGGACAACGAGGAGGUCGGCAACAGCAUCCUCAAGCCCCUCGUCUCGCCGGCGGUUGAGAGGAUCCGCUUCAUCCUCGGGGAGGAGGAUGACGGCCCGGCGCCCCCGCAGCUCUUCACCGAGCUGGACGAGCUGCUGUCGGUGGACGGGCAGGAGAUGGAGUGGAAGGAGACGGCCAGGUGGAUCAAGUUCGAGGAGAAGGUGGAGAAAGGCGGCGAGCGCUGGAGCAAACCCCACGUGGCCACCUUGUCCCUGCACAGCCUGUUUGAGCUGCGCACGUGCAUCGAGAAGGGCACCAUCCUGCUGGACAUGGAAGCGUCCACUCUGCCUCAGGUCGUAGAGAUGAUCACGGACAACCAGAUCGAGAGCGGCCAGCUGAAGGGCGAGCUGAAGGACAAGGUGAUGUACACGUUGCUGCGGAAACACCGCCACCAGACCAAGAAGUCCAACCUGCGCUCGCUGGCCGACAUCGGCAAGACGGUCUCCAGUGCAAGUAGGCUGUUUUCCAACCAGGAGAACGCUCGUAGUCCUCUGGAGAACUCAGUGACCUGCCUGUCGGGUCACGUCUCAAUGGAGGACUUGCAGAGCCAAAGGAGCGCCAGCAUGGACUGGCUCAACAGUCCCACCACCACCCACCGCAACCUGACCUCCAGCAGCCUCAACGACAUUUCUGACAAGCCGGAGAAAGACCAGCUGAGGAACAAGUUCAUGAAGAAACUGCCCAGAGAUGCCGAGGCCUCCAACGUGCUGGUGGGCGAGGUGGACUUCCUGGACGCGCCCUUUGUGGCUUUUGUACGUCUGCAGCAGGCCGUCAUGUUAGGAGCCUUGACCGAGGUUCCUGUCCCCACGAGAUUUUUAUUUAUCCUGCUUGGACCCAAAGGUAAAGCCAAGUCGUACCAUGAGAUCGGACGAGCCAUCGCUACGCUCAUGUCGGACGAGGUCUUCCAUGACAUCGCCUACAAGGCCAGAAGCCGCCAGGACUUGCUGGCCGGCAUCGACGAGUUCUUGGACGAGGUGAUCGUGCUCCCCCCUGGCGAGUGGGACCCCGCCAUCAGAAUAGAACCUCCCAAGACGCUGCCGUCCUCUGAAAAAAGGAAAAACAUGUACGCGGGCGGAGACUCUCAGAUGAACGGCGACACGCCUCAUGACGGCGGUCACGAAGGAGGCGGGCACGCUGUGGGGGAGGAGCUGGAGAAGACUGGGAGGUUUUGUGGCGGCCUCCUGCUGGACAUCAAGAGAAAAGCGCCUUUCCUGCUGAGCGACAUCACCGACGCCUUCCACAUCCAGGCCCUGUCCGCCAUCUUGUUUAUUUACCUGGGCACCGUGACCAACGCCAUCACCUUUGGGGGUCUGCUGGGGGACGCCACAGAGAACAUGCAGGGCGUGCUGGAGAGCUUCCUGGGCACCGCCAUCGCCGGCGGCGUCUUCUGUCUGCUGGCAGGCCAGCCGCUCACCAUCCUCAGCAGCACCGGACCCGUUCUGGUCUUUGAACGGCUGCUCUUCAACUUCAGCAAAGACAACGACUUUGACUACCUGGAGUUCCGUCUGUGGAUCGGCCUGUGGUCGGCGUUCUUCUGCCUGGUCCUGGUGGCCACCGACGCCAGCUUCCUGGUCAAGUACUUCACCCGCUUCACGGAGGAGGGCUUCUCCUGCCUCAUCAGCUUCAUCUUCAUCUACGACGCCUUCAAGAAGAUGAUCAAGCUGGCGCACCACUUCCCCAUCAACUCCGACUUCCGGAUGGAGCGCGUCACGCAGUACGACUGCCUCUGCAUGGCGCCCACCGUCCUCGAAAACAACUCGGACUUCACUGGCGACCCCUUAGAAGGGACCUCCAUCUGGUUCUGGAACAACACGGAUCUGCCCAUGAACGCCACCUGGUCGUCGCUCACCAGGUCCGAGUGCUUGAAGUACAAGGGCGAGCUGGUGGGCAAGGCGUGCGACUUCGUCCCCGACAUCACGCUCAUGUCCUUCAUCCUCUUCUUCGGCACCUACAGCUGCUCCAUGGCCCUGAAGAAGUUCAAGUUCAGCCCCUUCUUCCCCACCACCGUCAGGAAACUCAUCAGCGACUUCGCCAUCAUCCUGACCAUUCUUAUCUUCUGCGGCGUGGACGUGCUGGUCGGCGUGGACACGCCCAAACUCAUUGUGCCAACCGAAUUCAAGCCUACGAGCCCCCUCCGAGGCUGGUUCGUGCCCCCGUUUGGUGGGAACCCCUGGUGGGUGUACAUGGCCUCGGGCCUGCCCGCCCUGCUGGUCACAAUCCUGAUCUUCAUGGACCAACAGAUCACGGCGGUCAUUGUCAACAGGAAGGAGCACAAGCUGAAGAAAGGGGCGGGCUACCACCUGGACCUGUUCUGGGUGGCGGUCCUCAUGGUGGUGUGCUCCUUCAUGGGUCUGCCGUGGUACGUGGCGGCCACCGUCAUCUCCAUCGCUCACAUCGACAGUUUGAAGAUGGAGACGGAGACGUCGGCUCCCGGGGAGCAGCCCAAGUUCUUGGGAGUCAGGGAGCAGAGGGUCACCGGUGUGUGUGUGUUCAUGCUCACUGGUCUGUCUGUCUUCAUGGCUCCCAUUUUAAAGUUCAUCCCCAUGCCGGUGCUGUAUGGAGUCUUCCUGUACAUGGGAGUGGCCUCUCUCAAUGGAGUGCAGUUCAUGGACCGUCUGAAGCUGCUGUUGAUGCCGGCCAAGCAUCAACCUGACCUGAUUUACCUGCGACACGUUCCCCUGAGGAAGGUGCACCUGUUCACCUUCAUCCAGGUGCUCUGCUUGGCCCUGCUUUGGAUCCUCAAGUCCACUGUGGCCGCCAUCAUCUUCCCCGUCAUGAUCCUGGCCCUGGUGGCCGUGAGGAAGGCCAUGGACUACAUGUUCACGCAGCACGACCUCAGCUUCCUGGAUGACGUCAUCCCCGAGAAGGACAAGAAGAAGAAGGAGGACGAGAAGAAGAAACGCAGCAGCAUCGACAGCGACGCCGAGGACUCAGACUAUCCUUACAAUGAGAAUGUCCCCAGCAUUAAAAUCCCCAUGGACAUGAUGGAGCAAGAACCCUUCUUAGGUGACAAGGCCUCAGACACGGAGAAGUCCACUUCAUUCCUUGAGCGACACACCUCGUGCUGAGCAGCUUCGCUACUACCAGGCCAACUGCUUGUCCAGCCCUGAGAUGAGUCCUCUGAAGCCCGUGCCUCAGAUUAGAAUCGACAUGGACCCAGACGACGCUCAUCCCUUCUACUGGAGGAGCCGAGGAUCCGAAACGUCUCUGUAGGUCCGCCGACGGCGGCCCCCCCCCCCCCCCCCCCCAGGCUAAUCCAGCGGGAGACCACUAUUUUUUUUUGUUUUUUUGUCAAAAGAAAAUCAAGCAAGCAUCACCGAUGAGCUCUUUUUCUUUCUUCUUCUAUGCAACUCACCUUCCAGCACUGUCUUACCACGCAUGGAGUCUUUUUAUAUCCACACACAGUAAUCAUCCAUCUACGCUUUUGUACGCUCAAAUCCUCACAAGGUUCUUCCUGUAGCAGGAAAACGCGCUACCUCUUUAGCUCACCGUGACCGAGUGCGACGUGUUUCAUCCACUCGCCGUGUUGUUGAUAGCGAAGGCAGAGCGCGCUCAUGGGGUAAUAAACGCAUUCACAGGGAAAUUUUUUCAGCUUUGAUUUGCUUCUAAUUUUCUGAUCUCCGCGGGUUUUGUUACUCGCCAAAAUUCAAUCAGACGUUUAUUUUUCGUUUUGAAGGAAAAAAAUUAUUCGGUUUUGGUUUGUGUGUGUGUGCGUGUGCGUGUGUGUACGUUUUUCAUGCUUUCUAUGAUUUUUUUUCCUCAGUACGUCUGAUUUUCCUCACCUAUUAGAUGAAACAGGACGUUACCUAAGUGGCUUAUAUAUGGAAGCCCGUUCCUGCCGCUGAAAGAAAAAAAAAACAAUGCUAAGUCAGAAUUAUGAGAUAAAACGUCAGAAUUAUAUGAUAAAAAGUCUAAAUUAUGACAUUAAAAAAAUCGAAAUUAUGAGAUAAAAAAGUCCUGAUUAUGAAAUAAGUCAAACUUAUGAGACAAGAAAGUCAGACUUAUGAGAUGAAAGAAUUUCAGCUCGUGAGCUUAACAGCGUAAAGAAAGACCUGAAGUGUUGCCAGUUGUGUCAGUAAAACUUGCUGUACUUUUAAAACGCUGCCAGCAGAGGUAGCUUUCCUCCCUGUUGCCCCGUUUCUCAUCCACACGCUAAGCAAACAUGCGGCUAACCUCAUAACGGCCUCACUGUUGAUACAACGGGUACUGACACCUCUUCGCCUGCACGAACCCCAACAAAAAAAUCUGUUAAACUUAAGUUUCUUUGAAGUACAUUUUGUACCUGGGAGAUAGGUGUCCCGUAUCUCUAAUUUUGGCGACGCGCUACAAAAUUUUGCCGUUAUGACAUCUCCGGAAUUUCACAAGAUGAUUUUACGGCGACCUUGAACUCCAAAUAUCACAUCUAAGAAGAAUAACAAUCUCUUACUUGGUCCUCGGAAAGCAAGGUGCCCUGUGUCGCAAUUUAGGCAAGACUCUACCAGAUUUCACUGAUUUGACAUCUCCAGGGUGAUGCUAAACAACUCCAAGGCUAAUUUUAAGUGAUAAAACUCCCAAAAUAUCACAUCUUAAAACACAGUAGUUUUGGUGCCUGUGAAGAAACGCAUCCUGUGUCACUAAUUUGGGCAACACUCUACCAAAUGUCAAGGAUUUGAUAUCGGGACCGACCGUAAACAAUUAUUUUAGGCAUUAAACUCUCCAAAUAUAAAAGAAUAAGUCUUUUGAACACGUAAAAAUAUUUUAAGUAGUUUUGUUCACUUUAAAGAAAAGUGUCCUGUGUCUCUAAUUUAGGCAACGCUCUAAUCACUCUCCAUGAUAAUACAAAAUGAUUCAUAGGGUAUGUUUUUAGUCAUAUUACUCUCCAAAGGUCAAAAGUCUAAAAAGAACACUCUAUUAAAAACUCUAGCUUUGCUUCCCAUAAAGAUAAGUGUCCUGUGUGUCUAGUUUAGGUGACACUCCUCCAAAUGUCCAAGAUGUUACAUGUCCAGAGUGAUGAGAAACAAUUUUAAGGCUCUCUUUUAGUCAUAAAACUCUCAAAUAUCAAAAUUCCUCUUUUAAACACUAUUAGGUUCCCAUAAAGACAAGUGGCCCGUGUCUGUCAUUUCGGUGGCAUACUUUUGACAUCUCCAGAGCGACAUGAAACUGUUUGAAUCUUUUAGUCAUAAAUUCCCAAACAUAUCAGAUGUUUCAGAAUAAUAAAACUCUAACUCUGUCACUUUGGUCUCCUGAAAUGCAAACUGGCCUGUGUCCCUAAUUUAGGCAACACGCUGCCAAACGUCAUAAAUUUAACAUCUCCAGCGUGGCACUAAACUAUUUGAAGGCUAUCUUUUAGUCUCAUGUUACAAAUAUUAAGAUGACUUAAACUCUGGUCGCUGCAAAGAAAAGUGUCCUGUGUCCCUAAUUUAGGCGACACUCUACCAAAUGUCAUAAAUUUGACAUCUCCAGAGUGACACUAAACUAUUUGAUGCCUGUUUUUUCAUCCCAAGUUACAAAUAUCAGAAAAGUGUAAAGAAAAGUGUCCUGUGUCCCUAAUUUAGGCGACACUCUACCAAAUGUCAUAAAUUUGACAUCUCCAGAGUGACAUUAAACUAUUUGAUGCCUGUUUUUUUGUCCCAAGUUACAAAUAUCAGAUGUUUAAGACGACUUAAACGCUAGUCCUUGUAAAGAAAAGUGUCCUGUGUCCCUAAUUUAGGCGACACUCUACCAAAUGUCAUAAAUUUGACAUCUCCAGAGUGACACUAAACUAUUUGAUGCCUGUUUUUUAGUCUCAAGUUACAAAUAUCAGAUGUUUAAGACGACUUAAACACCGGUCCCUGUAAAGAAAAGUGUCCUGUGUCCCUAAUUUAGGUGAAGUUUCUCCCGUGUGUUUAUGACUGGUCACUACCAAUGCAGUGUUUGGGCUAUGGAAUUGAAAGACUGUUGCAUUGUGGGAGUUUUUGGCAAGAGUCAGAGUCAGAGAGGGUCACAGAUGAAUAAAUAAAAAGUCGAAGAGUCGCCUUCUAACAGCAUGUUAGCUCAAACCAAACCACAACUUUCUUUUGUGUUUGGUUUGGUCUGUUCAUCAGCCAAAGUAACAAUCUGAUCAUGUUUAUAGUCCACAUGUGUGUUUAUUUUCAUCUUUAUUGUAGCCAAAAGACAUAAUAUUGAUAAUAAUACAAUUAGAAAGUUGAAGGUGCAUGUCAACAACACACAACAUGAGGCUAAAAACAUACAGUACAUUUUACUGAUGUAUUUUUUUUCAUUAACUUUUUUUGGUGACUUUUUAGUGUAAGCAAAACUUUAGAAAUUAUAUUUUUCAAAUGAAAUGUAUAUUGAAAAAUAAAAAAUUAUUAAACA